CCAAUUCUGUGUCACAGUCUGCAAUGGGACUCCUCGUAUGCAGUUUGCCCCUCAACCUGCGAUGUUACGGUUGAACUGUGCUUGUUCCAGAGAGUCCCCUGUUUCUCCGAGCAUAGGGACGACAGCCUCCAAACAUUAGCAGAACACAGAAGCAGCAGAUGAAGACGACGAAGAUCUUCAAGAACUGUUCCCGUUAGUCAUGUCGUUGUUUGUUUCUUGAUUUGUAUAUAAAAGAACCCUUUUAAAUUCGGCGAGCAGAGCAGUUUCCAGCUUCAUCAAUGGCGGUCGCAGCAAAAUCUCUCUCUCUAACCCACAAGUCCCUCCGAUUCGUCCGCCCAUUACUCUGCCCCACUUUCCCUCUCUCAGUCAAACUCCUCUCCACCAUCUCCACUCCUUACCCUCUUCAGUACGACAUGAUUGUCAGCCACCCUGCUCAGUCCCCGCCCGCCCGCCCGGCUCGGGCUCGUCUCGGCCGCCCCAAUUCCGCCCCUGAUCCACCGGAACCGGAGAAUCCCGACGUUGAGCUCGGCUUCGAUGACUGGGUCGAUAGGAAGCUCUCAUCAGACAGGCCCGGGUCGCAGUCGAUGAGCCCGGGGAUGGACAAGUCGAAGAGGAAGUACUAUAGCAAGAGGAUGAAGAGGAUGUACGGCUCUGACUCGGAGGACGACAGCAGGAGGGACAGGAAUGAGGGGUUUGUCGAGUUGCAGCCCGAGGUCGUGGAGUUCAACCGGCUGCACAAGAGGGAGGAGGAGUUGUACUUCUACGACACUUUCGCGUAUCCGUGGGAGAAGGACAAGCACUAUAAGAUGGUGUACCAGUUGGAGAAGAAGUACUUCCCCGAGCAUUCCCUAGACAAGGCCUUCCUCGAGCCCGGGCAGUCGGGUUCAAGUUUGAGGGCAAGCUUGAGCGCGAGGGCUGAUGCAAAGAAGGGAAGGGCUGCUGGGGUCGGAGAUGAUAAAGGGUUGGUGUUCUUUGAGGAUGAGACGGAGAAUGCAGGGGAGAAAGGGGAGAAGAAGGAUGUGGUUGAGAAGAAGGUGGAAGAGUUCUUCAAGUGUUUGAAGAAAGUCCCCGGUGAGAGUGCGGAAGCGGAACCUUAUGUCUUGACUCGGAGCACCGAGCUUCCUCCGAGGUGGGAUGGCCCUCAUGGGACAGUAGUCUUGGUGAACAAGCCCAAAGGUUUUACCUCAUUCACUGUCUGUGGAAAGCUUCGGCGCCUGGUUAAAGUGAAAAAGGUCGGACAUGCUGGGACACUUGAUCCGAUGUCUACUGGUUUGUUAAUUGUGUGCGUUGGUAAAGCGACCAAGGUAGUGGACAGAUAUCAAGGUAUGGUCAAGGGCUAUAGUGGUGUUUUUCGCUUAGGGGAGGCCACAUCAACUUGGGACGCUGAUUCACCAGUCAUCCAACGGGAGCCGUGGGAACACAUUAAAGACGAAGACAUUAAGAAAGCUGCUGCCUCUUUUAUGGGUGAAAUCUGGCAAGUCCCGCCAAUGUUUUCUGCCAUCAAGGUCGGCGGUGAAAAGAUGUAUGAAAAAGCAAGGAGAGGGGAAAGUAUUGAACUUUCACCAAGAAGGAUUUCGAUAUUCCAGUUUGAUAUCGAACGCAGCUUAGAGGACAGGCAAAAUUUGAUAUUCCGGGUGACAUGUUCCAAAGGAACGUACAUCCGCUCUCUUUGUGCAGAUCUUGGGAAAGCUCUUGGCAGCUGCGCUCACUUAACUGCUCUCCGGAGAGACUCGAUCGGGCAAUAUUCAGCAGAUGAUGCUUGGGAGUUCCAUGAUCUAGAGGAAGCAAUCACCAAGGCAUACUUUUGAAUACUUCCUUUUGUAAUUUCAUCCAUUCUUUUUGGGUCAAAAGAACAAGCAAUUACAAAGGAAAAUGGAAGAUGUUUCUGUAAUGUAAUCUGAUGUUAUUAAUUAUGGUUAAUCACAUAGAAAACUACGGCCUUUGUGCUUUUUUUUUUAAA